GCGCGGAUACGCGUUCCGGUGAGCAGCAAUGCGGCGUGGGAUGGGUUCGCAUCGUCCGGGCCCGGCGGCCGCGAGGAAGAAAAGUAACAGGAAAAUAACGGCGAAAAUGGAGAAAACGGCGAAAACAAAUAAAACGGUGACUCGGAGGAGCGAUAGCGUCCGGGCGGCUGCAGCAGCUGAGCGGGCGGCGGCCAGGCAGGCGGCCGAGGAGGCGGCUCGCCGAGCCCGGCACCUGAAGGAGCUCUCCUGCACGUCAGGUGCCGAGCGGGAGCUGGAGGAGCUGGUGUUCGGUGACAGUCUCAACGUGGAGGAGGAUGACCUGCUGCAGUGCCUGGCUGGCCCUCAGAGGCUUAAUGCUCCAGAGAGGGAACCUCUCCGGAAGGAUUCCAGUGAUUCAGAAGUAGAAAAUGAAGCAAAAGGUAAUUUACUGACAAAAAAGCCAGCCUGGGUGGAUGAAGAUGAUGAAGCAGAGGAAAAUGUUGAUAUGACCCAUAGGUACAGGAAAGACUUAAUGAAAAGUGAUGCUGAAAAGACACUUACUAAGAAAAAGCUAAAAAGAAGGCUUGAAGAACAGUUUCAGCGAGCUAUGGGAGGAGUUCCUGCCUGGGCUGACUUGGAAAACAGGAAGAAAUCCAAAAAGACUUCAAGUGAUAGUGAGAGUGAUGAAGAUGAUGAUCUGCUACGCAGGACUGGCAAUUUUGUGACAAAUUCAGAGUCCCUGCCAAAAGGUAUUUUGAAGAUGGGGAUCUGCUUGCCUGCUAAUCAGGAACGUUUUGCUAAUGGAAGACUGGCAACUGUGCAGUUUCAUCCAUCUGCUCAAGUAGUUAUGACUGCUGGACAUGAUCGAUCCGUGUCGCUCUUUCAGGUUGAUGGUAUAAAGAAUCCAAAAAUACAGAGCAUCUACUUAGAGAGUUUUCCAAUUUAUAAGGCUUGCUUCAGUGUUGAUGGAGAACAUGUUAUAGCCACUGGUACUCACCACAGAAUGUUCUUUGUGUAUGACAUGAUGAGUGGAAACAUCAUUCCUAUUCAGAAAGUAAGAGGUGUGGAGGAAAGAUUCCUCAGAAGCUUCGAACUCUCUCCAGAUGGAUCAUUUAUGCUUGUAACUGGAACUUCAGGUUACCUUCACUUGUUGUCAAUGAAGACAAAGGAACUGAUCAGCACUAUGAAAGUAAAUGGAAGAUGCACCGCAUCAGCUUUCACUCCAGACAGCAGUAAAGUAUAUAGCUAUUCAAAGGAAGGCGAGGUUUUCAUCUGGGAUGUGAGAAGCAGAAAGUGUCUACACAAAUUUGAAGAUGAAGGCUCUUUGGAAGGGAAGUGCAUCGCUCUUUCAAGAAAUAACCAGUAUGUGGCAUGUGGUUCAUCUUCUGGAGUUGUAAAUUUAUAUACUACCGAUGGCUGUCUCAAAGAACAGCGUCCUAAGCCAGUCAAAGCCAUAAUGAACCUCGUUACAUCUGCUACAUGUGUGGCCUUCAAUCCCACCACGGAAAUCCUGGCAGUGGCUUCCCGUGAAACUGAUGAGGCUGUCAAACUGGUACACAUUCCUUCAUAUACUGUAUUCUCAAACUUCCCAGUGUUCAGAAGAAAACAGAUUUAUCUUGCUCAAUCUAUGGACUUUUCUCCCAGAAGUGGCUAUUUCUCUAUAGCAAAUAACAAAGGCAAAGCUUUGUUAUUUAGGCUGAAACAUUAUUCAGAUUUUUAAAAGAAGAUACAGCAGAAGAUGAACCAGUAACUGAGGUGUUGUAACCUGCAGAUACAAGUGUGCUGGCAAAAUCAAACAAGUUAUUUUUUUAUUUUAUAUGGAAGCUAAAAAAAAUAGUAUUAAUAGAACAUGGCUUUUUUGAAUGUUUUUCCUUAAUAAAUGUACCUGAUAAAUUUU